AAAUUCUCAUUCCCCACUACAGUUGCCUCCGAUGCUGAUCACUUGACAUCGUUAAUAGAUGAAGUAUCGUAUAUAUCACCACCCUCACCUGUACUCUCACAAUACGAUGACAUCCCAAAGAGUUACUUUUGUAACGGUGACAAUCGUCCAGCCGACUGUGGCGAAAAUUGUGAAUGUGUCCAUAAAAUAGAUAUACCACUCGAUGCUGUCGUCGAAGUAGUACUAAUCGAUGAGGUGCAACAGAUCAACAUUAGUCAUCCGUUUCAUUUGCAUGGCAUGCCGUUUUAUGUCAUCGGUAUUGGUCGUUCACCCGAUGAGGAAACACAACGUAUGAGUUUGAAACUGGCACUUGAUCUAGAUAGACGUGGUAUAUUAAAUCGAAAAUUCCUUAUGCCCUCGCUAAGGGAUACGGUAGCGGUGCCGAAUAAUGGUUAUACAGUUAUAAGAUUUCGUGCCGAUAAUCCGGGCGUUUGGAUGUUUCAUUGUCAUUUUCAAUAUCACAUUGUUAUCGGCAUGAAUUUACUAUUUCAAGUGGGCACGAAAAAGGAUUGGCCACCAGUACCAGCUAAUUUUCCCAAAUGUGGUAAUUUUGUACCGCCCAUAACGUUACAUUAAGGGAUGAAGGAAAGGUGUUGCUUUUCAAAUGUAUUAAAUAUCGGAUAGUAGAGUGUUCCCCUAAUUGAUGAUAUUUAGUAAUUAUAGUUAAAAGAAAAUAUUUUUGAAAAAUUUUAUAAUUUAAUACUUUGUUGUGUUUUUGUUUUAAUUUUUAUUAAAUGUUUUAUAAUAUUGUAAAAACCAUAAAAAUGUCUUAAUAUUAAACAAAUUAAAACUAUAAAUUUAUUAAAAUCAAAAAAAAAAAAACCUUAAAAAAGAAAUUGUAAACAUAUAAAUAUUAAUUAUUUUCUCUCAGUGUAUUCUAUAUUUUAAGUAUAGUAAAAUAAACUUUUGAUUCUUUAAUAAAAUGUCUAUUUAAAUUUUAA